CCAAGAAGGAUCGGUCAUGCUGGUCAUCUAACCACUCAAUCGCUGAUGGUUAUGCUGGCAACAUAACAAUCAGACGAACCAUAGAGUUCCUUACCUUCCGAUACACAUUACACAUUGUUAUCCUACAGUAUACAUAAAAUCUAUACAUAAACUGGUUGUCAUACUGUACAGAGGCAUUGUUUGACUUAGACAUUUCGAUGGAUCUGUGGGUCCGCGGGAGCAGUCGGGUGAGAGUGGAUGAUGCUCGCUGGAUCGAGUGAAAGACGACUCCCCGUGCGUGACGCGCGAUCACGAACCGCGAGUGACAAAAAAGUGAGAGCAACUGGAAAAAUUCGUGUGCAAACAGUUGGUCGAAGAGAAGAUAACGAGGAAAGCGCGGCGGGGGUGUGGAAAAAAUCAAUAUGAAACGGUGCUUCGGAGAUCCCUAGUGAACAUUGGAGCGGAACUUGUCAUUUUACAAAUGUUUGUAACAAGAAACAUAAUAAAAAUAAACUCUUCCGCUGUUUACCAUAUCUAUUGGAAUGCACCGUGGCACCACAUGCUCGUGCAAGAUAAAACUCGGUGUUAGUGAGUGACCUUGCGUGUAUCAAUUAAAUUUCCCCUUGAUAAACUCUCGUUUUUUUUAAUUGUUCUUCCCCUCCGCCCAUUAUCUUCAACAAUGACGAUACGUCGGACAAAACGUGUUUCUCAUAUCCGUAAUUAAUUGUGUGUGAACAGUUGUUGUUCGAUGCUCUAUAAUCCUCCGUGAUUAUUUAUACUUUGUCUCGUUGACAUACUGAAAUUCAGCGGUGGAACGUGCGAGCGAAUAAAUUUUCGUACUACUAGGACACAGAAUUCAUCUCUUUUCACCAUUUUUCAUCUCUAAACUGUUUACAUGACACUCGGAGUAAAAAUAAACCUAGUAAAAUGUCGCUCCAGCUGGGAAUCUUUCGGAUUUUCAUCGGACUCCAAAUACUUUUCGUACUCCAGAGCGAUUUUACCGUAGUCGAGUCCACCCACAUUACCGGCACCUUCAACACAAAUGAGUUCUUUCGAUUUCUCAUGAAAUUUGGAUUUCAACAAACAGAUCGUCACCGCCAACGUGAAUCUUAUGGCUAUAUUUUCGGUAAUAUCACGUCGAAAAAAAAUUUUUCACAACCGAUAAACCUCGCUGUCCUUGAUCGAGGACACUUCCUCGAAUAUUACGGCAAUCGUACUGUCAGAGAUCGCAGCUUGGCUUGUGCCAGGAUGUUCGAUGCUCUCAACCAGAGCUCCUACGAUGCUCGAUGCAAUGACAAUGGCCAAGAUUUUCUCAGACGAGUGCCCUGUCCGAAAGGAGAACUAUGCAGCGACGAGGACUCCAAAUGGAAUGUCAUAAAAGGCCAUCAGUUUACAUACGUCAUUCAGGAUUUGUGGCAACCACGUUUUUGGUACAUGAGCCUAGUAGCUUGUUACAGAAACGAGACAACUUGCCAGUGGGAACACUUCAACGAAUCGUUAGAACUGGAUUAUGACAUAUGGCUAGUGAAUGGAAAUCCAAACACAAGUGGAUUGAACAGUCUGACUUAUCAAUUUUCCUGUGAUCGACAAAACACUGUCGAGCUCUAUCUACUGUUCUUUAUUUGUUAUAUCAUACUUGUUCCCCUGCAACUGUACGCAGCUAGAUUGCAAAAACAUCCAGUUACCAGACUCUUCACAGCAAGUUUGUUGCUCGAAUUCAUAGCCAUAUGUCUGAUUCUUAUACACGUUUUGAAAUUUGCUUUUGACGGCGUUGGAUACACUCAGCUUGAAGUCGCAGGAGAUAUUUUCGAUAUUCUGUCACGCACAACUUUUAUGCUACUUUUACUACUUCUUGCCAAGGGUUGGGCCGUAACCCGAAUGGAACUAACAUGGAAACCUCUUGUUUUUCUCAUAUGGUUCUGUUAUGGAGUCGUACACAUUCUUCUAUACGUCUGGAAUAUGACCGAAGUCGACAUAAUCGAAGAUAUCGACGAGUAUCAGACGUGGCCAGGAUGGUUUAUCCUCUUGUUUCGUAGUGCCAUUAUGAUUUGGUUCCUGUUCGAACUUCGUAAUACCAUGACGUAUGAACAUAAUACACAGAAGCUCAAUUUUUUGCUUCACUUUGGUGCAUCGGCACUCGUUUGGUUCAUCUAUUUACCAAUCAUAGCUCUCAUCGCACUUCCUGUCAGUGCACUCUGGAGGUUCAAGCUUUUACUUGGUAUAACUUAUUCAGCCGAUUGUUACGCAUAUUGCGUAAUGGCUCAUUUACUUUGGCCAACGCGAAGCGAGCAGUAUUUCCUUUUAGCACAAGGUGCGGAUAAUGGUGACGAAUUGGACGAGUUUAACGAGGCGCCACACGUAUUAAAUAAUUACGUGGAACCAUCCGAGGACAAAGUUGUCGCUUAGUGUGUACGAGUUAUUGGGAUCGUGAAUUGAAUGAGAACUAUGCGAUCGAUAGUGAAAAAAAAAACAGAAGAAAGAAACGAAAAAAACGUAAAAAGAGGAAGAAAGCAACAAUGGAAACGAACGAUGUGAUCUAUGUUUGCCAAAUGGUUUAAUUCGUUUAACGAAAAAUACUCUGACGUGUUAAUUGAGACUGAAGCACCCUGUACACACGCACUCUCAAAUAAGCCGUCAUAUGCUCCGUAGGUUUCAAUCUCGACACGUGUAGAAUUUUUUAUUUUUGUCUAUAUUAAGAUCCCGAUCACAUACACCCAUCGACAGAAAACAUUACUCGAAUCCCUCAAAAUUUAUACUCUUUGAUAACUAUCCCAGUUUUUUGAGUACGUUGUUCUUCAUCGAUAAACUUGUGUGAGUGUGCCAGUGUGUGUUUCUAUUCAUCGUUUUUUUUUUUAUAUGAAAGCUUUAUCACUCGCAUCUUUGCAGGAAUAUUUGCUCAUUUGUAUUAUCGGUUUAUAAAGCAGGGAAAUUUCUCGCCGCAAUAGCCCAGAAAAUCUCAAUGUCAAUUUAUCAGAUAGUCACUACCGCUUGGUAAUUUUUAAUAUUUAUUGAAAAUAUUCCCUUAUACAAAAAUUACGAACGAGCCAAGUGUCCGGGCAUUUAGUCCUCUAAGACUCAGGAACUGACAUCAACGCUAGGUUUAUACAAUAGAAAAUGUGUUCAGUUACAAAAAAAAUUUUAAUUCAAAAUUCAGUUUUGCUUGAAACAAAAAUCUCGUAAACACUGCGAUUCCAUAAAUUCUAUCAGUUUUCCGCCAAUUUCUACAUUUAAUGUGCAAUGUCAAUUUUAUUCUGUGACUUUUCCAUUAGCCCUAUCAUCUUCACACAAAACACUCUUGCUCAUCAGAGACAUUAUCGAUCAAACGGAAAACCAAAAAAAUCCCAGCCUUAUUACCUUUGUACGAAACUAUUUUUCUUUUUCCUACAAAGCUGUUGCUCAAACUUUUACGAAAUAAGAUUUUAGCCCCAAAACGUGGAAAAAACAAAAAUAAUGAAAGCAGGAUAACAUAUUUAUAUUGAAAAUAAAAAUAAUGAAAACAUGUUGAUAUUGCUUCGUUCAGAGAUCGAUCUUACAGAGUAACAAAGGCAACAAUACAAAUUUAUAUUUCACAUUUACACUGCAGCGAGAUGCAUUAUUUCUCACUUUUCUUUGUGCAAUGAAAUAUUUAAUAUUUGUGGCAAAUGAGAAAAGCAAUGUAACAGUCGAAUUCACUUUUUUGUCUGUUUUCUUGUACGUCGCAACAAUUAGUGAGGCAAUUGAAGGUGCAAGAAGAUCAAAUCUCUCAUUUUUGAACAAAAUGAUUUAGGAACUUGUUGAUUGAUUUUUUCAAUGAAUAAUUUAAAAAUAAUGAUUACCAGUCGAGCAAGAUAUUUUGUUCGAAUAUACCAUCAAACACAAAAACAAACUUAAAAACGGACCACUCUAAUAUACACGUUGUACACAUAAAAUAAGACGAGUACAGUAUUUCCAAUUCCCGUAUUAAUCAUGGUAAAGUUUACAUCAUCGAGAUGUAAAAAAAUGUCUUUUUUCUAUAUAAAAUACUGUUUUUUUUUUCAAGUUGCGAUAAGACUUGAACUUGUUUAUUCGUGCGAGUUUGAAAAACUGCAAUGUGAAGAACAAGUUGUGUGAGCUGCUGGACCCUCAAAUCUGGAAAUAGAAAUGACACAGAAAAAAGCUUUGCACAGUGUUAACAGUAUACAGUUGAUCGAGAAACAAUUUCAUGGUAGAUAAAAGAGUAGUUGACGGCAAUAAAGAAGAGCAGUGUCGUGGGUUUGACGGGGUUUCUUUGAAUAAGGGUUAAAAAUAUGCAUCGACAUGGUAGCAUGAAUUUUAAAGCAAAGCAAAGAAGGGGAGUGUAGACCUGAUGAACAAUUAACUAGAAUUACUGAUAAAUAUAGAUAUUAAUUAAUGAUAUAGUUUUAUAUAUUACCUAAUGUAAAUUACCUGGGGUGAAGAGUUUAUCCUAUGUUAAAGUAGCUAUAUGAUGAGAACUGGAAUAACAAAAGGUAAAACCUCUUCGAUGCAGGAUCACACUCUUAUGUGAUACGCAUGGAAGUUUUUGAGAUUAAAUUCGUGAUUGCCCGUUUGAAAUAACAAAUGGGUUUUAUUAUUAUGUAAUGUGUCUUUGUACGAAACCUCACUAGUUUAUAGCCAACAAUUAGCCAAAAGAUAAUGAAAUGAAUUUCUGCUGUAGAAUAACAGAGUAGUCUUCUUAGCGGGAGACAAACAAACAUUCACGAGCGUUUAUUUCAUCUGUUUUUUCAUCAAUUUCAAUAAAAACGAUGCGAUAAUUGAUACAGUAUCAGCGUGUAUAUACAUAUGAAUGGAAAAAAAAUGUUUUUUAUUUAAUAAAAUCUUUAUUCACUGUGAAAA